AUGGCGGCCACCAGUGGCAGGUUUGAAAGUGAGAGAAGUAUUGAAGAACGUAAAGAACAGACCAGGAUUGCCAGAGCCGAGGUGUUGCGCCAGGCUAAAGCAAAUUUUGAAAAGGAAGAGAGGCGUAAAGAACUUAAACGACUUCGGGGUGAGGAUACAUGGAUGCUACCUGAUGUGAAUGAGCGAAUUGAACAGUUCUCACAGGAACACUCUGUGAAGAAAAAGAAGAAAAAAGACAAGCACUCAAAAAAAGUAAAGAAAGAGAAGAAAAAAAAGAGUAAGAAACAGAAGUAUGAAAAAAGCAAGGAGUCAACUGAUAGUUCAUCAAGCUCUGAAGACGAGUGGGUGGAGGCUGUCCCGCCCCAGGCUCCUGGCAGGGAGAAGGCCUGGAAAGCGAAAGGUGAAAAUACGGAAAGGGAAGGCAACCAAGUUGUCCAGAGAGAUGAGUGGAUGACUGUUGAUUUUAUGUCUGUUAAAACUGUGUCAUCAUCGUCGCUCAAAGCUGCAAAGGAAACUGUCAGGAAAAUAGAGCGAGAGAAAACCCAAGCGCUAGAACAGUCCAGACUGCUGGAAAGAGAACUGAAUCCAUACUGGAAAGAUGGUGGUACAGGUCUUCCCCCAGAAGACUGUCACGUGUCAUCAGUUACUAAAGUUUCAGUGGUAGAAGAUGGUGGAUUGAGCUGGCUGAGGAAGUCUUACCAGAGAAUGAAGGAACAAGCUGAGAAACAGAACAGACGUUUUGAAGACAUUGUGGCUGAAAGAUAUGGGUCAAUGGAAAUAUUUCAGUCGAAAUUAGAAGAAGCUGAAAAAACUGCAUCCACAAAAGAAGAGUGUAAACGAGAACGGUGGAGGAGACCAACAUGUUCAGAUAAAGCACAAAGUAGUCAAGAAAGUAGAAAAUCAGACUUGGUAAAAGAUAAUAAAAGUUCAAUGGAUAGAUAUAGUUCAACAAGUAUUACAAACAGUGUCAAUAAAGAAAGGUCUAGUGGUGAUGAAAAAGAUAAUAGGUCGGGGUCUUCAGAAACGUAUAGAAGACAAUCCAAUCCGAGCCAAAAUCAAGAGUUUUCUUCUCUUGGAAAUUUGAAACCUAAAUUUUUAAGACCCUCUGAUGAUGAAGAACUGUCAUUUCAUAGCAGGGGCAGAAAUUUUGACCCAUCUAGUUCAUCUUCAGUACCGGUCACUCAGGAUUCUGUGCAUCGUGGUUUUCGAAAACCCACAGAAAACAGUGAAGAAAGUUCAUCGUCAUGGAGCCAAUCUGGUAGGAGAGAAGGAGACAGGAAACAUUCAAAUCAACGGUCAGUGGACACCCGUGGCAGUGUCGGCGGUGGGCACAUUUCUGAAGACACAAGAGAGAAAUCAUGGGACGAAAGCUUGAGAGGUGAUUCUGUGAAGAAAGAGCAUUUGCAGGACGCAAAGUCUUCCUCUGCUGGAGGCGGUCUUGAAGAUGAUUCCAUCCACAUUUUGAGUGUUGAUGAGAAGAACAAACUGGGAGCCAAGAUUAUCAAGGCAGAGAUGAUGGGAAAUAUGGAAUUAGCGGAACAACUUAAAGCUCAACUUGCAAAGGCAAAUAAAUUCAAAGAAACUGUAACACAGAUGUCAUCCAAAAACCCUGGGGUGGAGAAUGAAGACCAAGAAGUGGUCCUGGUCAGAACAGAUCGGUCUGGAGGAGUGUGGCCUGUGAGCACAGCAGGAAAACCUCUGGAAUCUACAGGAGGAAGAAGGAAGAGGCAGAUGGCUUCAACUCACGAAGAAAAAGAAAGGGUUAGAUACUUUCACGAUGAUGAUAAUCUCAGCCUAAGUGAUUUAGUCAAGAACGAAAAGAUGGGAACAGCAGAAAAUCAGAACAAACUUUUUAUGAGAAUGGCAUCUAAGUUUAUGGGAAAAACAGAUGGAGACUAUUAUACCCUAGAUGACAUGUUUGUCUCCAAAGCAGCUGAGAGAGAACGUUUCGUUGCAGAGGAAGAAAACCAGAGGAAAAAAGCCAUUGCCGAGCAUCAGAGUCUCGCUGCCCGAAUGGAAAAAUGUCCCUACUGUUUUGACAGCUCUCAGUUUCCCAAGCACCUUAUUGUUGCAAUAGGUGUUAAGGUUUAUUUAUGUUUACCCAACGUCCGAUCUCUUACUGAGGGACACUGCCUGAUAGUCCCUUUGCAACACCACAGGGCUUCCACCUUACUGGACGAAGACAUCUGGGAGGAAGUUCAGAUGUUUAGGAAAUCAUUGGUAAAGAUGUUUGGAGAUAAAGGGUUGGACUGCAUCUUUUUAGAAACCAACAUGAGCAUGAAGAAGCAGUGCCAUAUGGUUUACGAGUGCAUUCCUCUCCCGAAGGAAGUGGGUGACAUGGCUCCCAUCUACUUUAAGAAAGCCAUAAUGGAAUCUGAUGAAGAAUGGUCUAUGAACAAGAAAUUGAUCGAUCUCUCUUCGAAAGACAUCAGAAAGUCUGUACCCAGGGGCUUACCUUACUUCUCUGUAGAUUUUGGCCUCCAAGGAGGGUUUGCCCACGUCAUUGAAGAUCAACAUAAAUUCCCUCAUUACUUUGGGAAGGAAAUCAUUGGUGGGAUGUUGGAUGUAGAACCCAGGCUGUGGAGGAAAGGGAUCCGGGAAAGCUUUGAGGAUCAGAGGAAGAAGGCACUGCAGUUCGCUCAGUGGUGGAAACCAUUCGACUUCACCAAAAGUAAAAAAUGUUGA